GUCCUCCUAACUACUACCUGCACUCCAGUUUCUCACUAGAGCCUGCAGCCUGCUAGCUAAGCCACCGAGCAUAUUGAGUCCAGUUGCUACACACUACUGCACCCUCUGCUAGCUGCGUCGGCGAUGUGUCUGCCGUUCUCCUGCGGCGGCGGCGACAAAGGCGACGAUUGGUCACAUGACUCUAGCAGCGUCCACCACCAUUUUCGGCAGCCGCCACAACCACAACCUCCUCCGCCACCAAGGGAAGACGAAAAGCAAACUUAUUAUAAGCCUCCCCCUGAGAAAGAAGCAUAUGGCCACCAUGGGACCAACAUGCCUGCCGGCGGCGGCGAUGGCAUGAAUAAUGGAGGAGCUCGUGCGGCGGAAGUGAACAAGAACGGAGGAGGGCACACGACGGACUUCGGCUACUCAGAUGGCAACGUCCAUGCUUCUGUCGGCGUUUUCCGAGGUCGAGAGAGUCAGAGCGCUGCCGGGAAGAAGAUCGUGGCGUCCACCGCUCCAGCGAUGCAAGCCUUCAAUAACAAGCAUAGGGAUAUGGCCGCAGCUCAACAAGCUCCUCAGGACCAAGCGCUGAAUGCGAUGCACUUCAUUAGUGCAAUUCCAAAGCUGACGGGACAGAACUAUGUUCUGUGGCGCGAGGAACUUGAUGCUGCUCUAGCACUUGCUGAGAUAGAUUUGGCUCUUCAGGAGCCAAAGCCCACUGAGCCAGAGGAGCCCGAAAGGGCUCAGAAUGAGACCGAUGAAGCUUUUGCUAAUCGGAAGCGAGACUUUGCUCCCAUCAGAGCAAAGUAUGAUCUUGAGAAGUACAAGUGGGAAAAGUCAAACCGCAAGUGCAAGAUUGUCAUCAAGAAAACCAUCACAGAGGGCCUAAGAGGUGCAAUCCCAGAAUGUGACACAGCAAAAGAAUAUCUUGAGAAAGUGAAGAAUCAGUUCACUGGUUCAACCAAAGCUCAUGCUUCCACCCUGAUCCAGAAACUCACUAACAUGAGGUUCACAGGGGGGAGUGUGAGAGAGCACAUUCUGAGCAUGAGCACCAUGGCAGCCAAGUUAGAGAAGCUAAAGAUGCCCCUCGCUGAUGGUUUCCUCAUUCACCUAGCUCUAAACUCACUUCCUAAAGAGUAUGAGACAUUUGUUGUUAACUACAACACACAGCCAGAGGAGUGGGAUUUAGAGAAGGUGAUUGCUAUGUGUGUGCAAGAGGAAGAAAGGCUCAAGAAUGCAAAUGGUGGUUCUGUGAACUUUGUGAAAGGAAAGAACAAGAAGCCAUUCUACAACAAGAAAGCUCCAGAUGCCUCCACCUCCCAGAACAAGGGAGGAAGCACUUCACAGCCUAAAGCACACCCAAAGCAAGACAACCAGCACAGGCAAGAGGACCCGGAUCGCUGUAGAUGGUGUAAUGAGACAGGGCAUUGGAAGCAUGACUGCCCUAAGUUCAUGAAACAUUGCCUAGUGAAAGGGAUUCAGUGGAGGGAGAACCCUUCAAAGAGGAGAAAGACAGAUUAAGGUGGCCACUGGUGUUGAAGCUGAAGUUCAAGCUAUAGGAAAUUUAUCUCUAGAUUUAGCUAGUGGUUUCACCCUUGAGUUGCAUGAUGUUCUUUAUGUUCCCUCUUUAGCUAGAAAUUUAAUUUCAGUUUCAUGUUUGUCAGACUAUGGUUUUGAUUGCCAUUUCAGCAAGAAUGAUUGUAAGCUACAGUUAAAUAAUAAAUGUGUGGGUCUUGCCUUCCGACAAGACAAACUUUAUUUAUUA